AUGACUGUAAGAGCUCUGGUAGUAGGCGGUACAAGCGGCAUCGGCUAUGCCAUGGCCUGCCGUGUCGCCUCCGAAGCCAGCACCUCAAUCGUCACCAUCAGCGGGCGCACCAAGCCACAAAACAUUCCACACGCCAACAUCACCUUUCGACCACUUGAGGCAACGUCAAUGCGCCAGAUCAAGCAGUACACGGAUGAUUUCAAAGCUCAAGGCCAGAAACUCGAUCUACUCAUCAUGACUCAGGGUAUCAUGACGAUGGCUGGGAGAACCGAGACACCCGAGGGUAUCGAUCGCAAGAUGGCGCUGCAUUAUUACGGCAAACAGCUCCUCAUACGCGAGCUCCUUCCAGUCAUGAAUGAAGAUAGCAAGGUUAUUAUCGUGUUUGAUGGAUGGCUUGGAAGCCCUGACAAGCUCAUCUGGGAGGAUCUCGACCUCAAGACGCAUUAUAGUCUUGGCAAGGCGGCAGAUCACUGCAUGUCCAUGAAUGACGCCAUGGUCCAGUACUACGCGGCGCAGCAAAAGUCCACCGGGGUCGGCCGAAGACAUUUCGCACAUGCAUGGCCCGGAGGCGUUAGUUCGGGUCUUUGGAGAGAGCUCCCCUGGUAUCUGCGGACUGUCGGCCGAGUUGGAGCCAACCUGGUCUGCGUGUCGGCGGAAACUUGUGCCGAAUAUUUGAUGAAUGGGGUGACUGAGCGUUGCGCAGAGGGAGAGAAAGAGGGGAGGUAUUGGAGUAACAUUGAUAACAAGGGACGUCUCCUUGUCAAGAAGGCUAUUUGGACGGAAGGGCAGAUGAAGAAGGUGGCCGAUCAUACCUGGGGACUCAUUGAUGGAGCCUUGAAUGUCAAAGUAUAA